CUUAUCUGAUCCUGGGCGCUCAGGGAGAGCGAAGCGCGGGAGAGGCUGGGGGUGGGAGAGGGAGAAGGAGGGAGAGACUAAAAGGGCGCUUGGAGGGAAGCGCGCGAGGGUGGUGCGCUUCUGAGAACCAGCUCGCGGCAGAACGCGCAGCUUCCCCAAGCGUGGAGAGACCCCCAAGCUGAACUGGGGGCAUCGCACUGAACAGGCAGCUGCUACAAUCUAUGUAAAAAUCAGGAAAGAAAAUGAAGAUUUUUCAAUGCAAGAUGCGGUACUGGCUGCUUCCAGCUUUUUUGACAAUUGCUUAUUUCUGCACUAUCGUCCAGGGUCAAGUAGCUCCACCCACAAGGUUAAGAUAUAGUGUAUUAUCUCAUGACAGUAUUCAGAUUUCAUGGAAGGCUCCAAGAGGGAAAUUUGGUGGAUACAAACUUCUUGUGACUCCGGCUUCAGGUGGAAAAACCAAUCAGUUAAAUCUCCAGAACACUGCAACUAAAGCAAUUAUUCAAGGUCUUAUGCCAGAACAGAAUUACACAGUUCAAAUUAUUGCAUACAACAAAGACAAAGAAAGCAAGCCAGCUCAAGGCCAAUUCAGAAUUAAAGAUUUAGAAAAAAGAAAGGAUCCUAAGCCCAGAGUCAAGGUUGUGGACAAAGGAAAUGGGAGUAGGCCGUCUGUACCAGAAGAGGUGAAAUUUGUCUGUCAGACUCCAGCUAUUGCUGACAUUGUAAUCCUGGUUGAUGGUUCAUGGAGUAUUGGAAGAUUCAACUUCAGACUGGUUCGGCUUUUCUUGGAAAACCUGGUUACCGCAUUCAAUGUGGGCUCAGAGAAGACACGAGUCGGUCUUGCACAGUACAGCGGGGACCCUCGAAUAGAAUGGCACUUGAAUGCCUUUAGCACAAAAGAUGAAGUGAUUGAAGCUGUUCGAAACCUUCCUUAUAAGGGAGGAAAUACACUCACAGGUCUUGCUUUGAACUACAUUUUUGAAAACAGCUUCAAACCAGAAGCAGGAUCAAGGACUGGAGUACCCAAAAUUGGAAUUUUAAUCACAGAUGGAAAAUCCCAAGAUGAUAUUAUUCCACCAUCCAGAAAUCUUCGUGAGUCUGGAGUAGAGCUGUUUGCCAUAGGGGUAAAAAACGCUGAUGUGAAUGAACUGCAAGAGAUUGCCUCCGAACCAGACAGCACUCAUGUGUACAACGUCGCAGAGUUCGACCUGAUGCACACGGUGGUGGAGAGUCUGACGAGGACUGUCUGCUCCAGGGUGGAAGAACAGGACAGAGAAAUCAAAGCUUCAGCUCUUGCCACCGUUGGGCCGCCUACAGAGUUGAUUACUUCUGAAGUGACUGCCAGGAGCUUUAUGGUUAACUGGACUCAUGCCCCAGGAAAAGUGCAGAAAUACAGAGUUGUGUAUUAUCCUACCAGGGGUGGAAAGCCAGAAGAGGUGGUGGUGGAUGGGAGUGUAUCUUCCACGGUGUUGAAAAGCUUGAUGUCUCUAACUGAGUAUCAGAUAGCAGUCUUUGCAAUAUAUGCGCACACUGCUAGCGAAGGCCUCCGGGGAACUGAAACUACACUUGCUUUACCCAUGGCUUCUGACCUUGAACUGUACGAUGUGACUGAGAACAGUAUGCGGGUCAAGUGGGAUGCAGUGCCUGGAGCCUCAGGAUACCUGAUCCUUUAUGCUCCUCUCACAGAGGGUCUGGCUGGAGAUGAAAAGGAGAUGAAAAUUGGAGAGACCUACACAGAUAUUGAAUUGAGUGGAUUGUCACCCAAUACGGAGUACACAGUCACGGUGUAUGCCAUGUUUGGAGAAGAAGCCAGUGAUCCUGUGACAGGGCAGGAAACAACAUUGCCCUUAAGUCCACCAAGAAACUUGAGGAUCUCCAAUGUUGGCUCUAACAGUGCCCGAUUAACCUGGGACCCAACUUCAAGAAAGAUCAGUGGCUACAGAAUCGUAUAUAACAAUGCAGAUGGGACUGAAAUCAAUGAGGUUGAAGUUGAUCCUAUUACUACCUUCCCUCUGAAAGGCUUGACACCACUCACAGAAUAUACUGUGGCCAUUUUCUCCAUGUACGAGGAAGGGCAGUCAGAGCCUCUGACUGGGGUUUUUACCACAGAGGAAGUUCCAGCCCAGCAAUACUUGGAAAUCGAUGAGGUGACGACAGACAGUUUCAGAGUGACCUGGCAUCCCCUCUCGGCUGAUGAAGGGCAGCACAAGUUGAUGUGGAUUCCAGUCUAUGGUGGGAAGACUCAAGAGGUUGUCCUAAGGGAAGAGCAAGACUCACAUGUUAUUGAAGGCUUGGAGCCCGGCACCGAAUAUGAAGUUUCACUGUUGGCUGUACUUGAUGAUGGAAGUGAGAGUGAGGUGGUGACUGCUGUUGGGACCACCCUUGACAGUUUUUGGACAGAACCAGUCACAACCAUAGCACCUACCAGUUCUGUGACUUCAGUUUUCCAGACAGGAAUCAGAAACCUGGUUGUAGAUGAUGAAACCACUUCUAGCCUGCGGGUAAAAUGGGACAUUUCUGACAGCAAUGUGGAGCAGUUUAGGGUGACCUACCUGACCGCUCAAGGGGACCCUGCGGAAGAAGUGGUAGGAACGGUCAUGGUGCCUGGAAGGCAGAACAGUCUCCUUUUGAAGUCUCUGCUUCCGGAUACAGAAUACAAAGUCACCGUGACGCCCAUCUACUCUGAUGGAGAAGGUGUCAGCGUCUCUGCCCCUGGGAAAACCUUGCCAUCCUCUGGUCCUCAAAACUUAAGGGUCUCUGAGGAAUGGUAUAACCGCCUGCGCAUUACAUGGGACCCUCCACCUUCCCCUGUAAAGGGCUAUCGGAUUGUCUAUAAACCAGUCAGUGUUACUGGUCCAACAUUGGAAACAUUUGUGGGAGCGGACAUCAACACCAUUCUUAUCACCAACCUCCUUAGUGGAAUGGACUACAAUGUGAAAAUAUUUGCCUCUCAGGCUUCUGGCUUCAGUGAUGCUUUGACAGGCAUGGUGAAAACAUUGUUUUUGGGUGUGACCAAUCUCCAAGCCAACCAAAUUGAAAUGACCAGCUUGUGUGCUCAGUGGCAGAUGCACCGUCACGCCACAGCCUACCGGGUAGUAAUAGAAUCUCUCCAAGAUACACAAAAGCAAGAAUCCACUGUGAGUGGAGGGACAACUAGGCAUUGCUUCUAUGGACUUCAGCCUGAUUCAGAAUAUAAAAUCAGUGUUUACACAAAGCUCCAAGAGCUUGAGGGACCUAGUGUGAGCAUAAUGGAAAAAACAGAAUCCUUUCCAACUGAACCACCAACUUUUCCUCCAACCAUUCCACCAGCAAGAGAAGUAUGUAAAGCUGCCAAGGCAGACCUGGUGUUUAUGGUGGAUGGGUCCUGGAGCAUUGGAGAUGAUAAUUUCAAUAAGAUCAUCAACUUCCUGUAUAGCACAGUUGGAGCCCUGGACAAGAUUGGCACAGAUGGAACUCAGGUUGCAAUGGUUCAGUUCACUGAUGACCCCAGAACAGAAUUUAAACUAAAUGCUUACGAAACCAAAGAGACUCUGCUUGAUGCAAUUAAACGCAUUUCAUAUAAAGGAGGAAAUACAAAAACAGGAAAAGCAAUUAAGCAUGUUCGAGACACCUUGUUUACUGCAGAGUCAGGUACAAGAAGAGGAAUCCCAAAAGUCAUUGUGGUUAUAACUGAUGGACGAUCACAAGAUGAUGUGAACAAAAUCUCCAGGGAGAUGCAAUCAGAUGGCUACAACAUUUUUGCAGUCGGUGUGGCCGAUGCAGAUUACUCAGAGUUGGUUAACAUUGGCAGUAAGCCCAGUGCGCGCCACGUCUUCUUUGUGGACGAUUUUGAUGCCUUUAAGAAGAUUGAAGAUGAAUUAAUUACUUUUGUCUGUGAAACCGCAUCAGCAACCUGCCCACUAUUGCACAAGGAUGGCAUUGAUCUUGCAGGAUUUAAGAUGAUGGAAAUGUUUGGUUUGGUUGAAAAGGAUUUUUCAUUGGUGGAAGGAGUUUCUAUGGAGCCCGGUACCUUCAAUGUGUAUCCUUGUUACCAGCUCCACAAAGACGCUCUGGUUUCCCAGCCAACUAAGUAUUUGCAUCCAGAAGGUUUGCCCUCUGACUACACCAUCAGUUUUCUGUUCCGGAUUCUUCCUGACACACCACAGGAGCCCUUUGCUCUUUGGGAAAUUUUAAAUAAAAAUUCUGACCCCUUAGUUGGGAUCAUUUUAGAUAAUGGUGGGAAAACUCUAACUUAUUUCAACUAUGACUACAGUGGGGAUUUUCAAACUGUUACUUUUGAAGGACCUGAAAUUAAGAAAAUUUUCUAUGGAAGCUUUCAUAAGCUACAUGUUAUUGUUAGUAAGACUUUGGUCAAGGUGGUUAUUGACUGCAAGGAAGUGGGUGAGAAGGCAAUAAAUGCAUCAGCUAACAUCACAGCAGACGGUGUAGAAGUACUAGGGAGAAUGGUUAGAUCAAGAGGACCAAAUGGAAAUUCGGCACCAUUCCAGUUACAGAUGUUUGAUAUUGUUUGCUCUACAUCAUGGGCCAAUCGAGACAAAUGCUGUGAACUUCCAGGCCUGAGAGAUGAAGAAUCCUGCCCAGACCUCCCACAUUCCUGCUCCUGUUCUGAAACCAAUGAAUUGGCUCUGGGACCAGCAGGUCCACCAGGUGGUCCAGGACUCCGAGGACCAAAGGGCCAACAAGGUGAACAAGGCCCAAAGGGACCAGAUGGACCUCGUGGUGAAACAGGCCCUCCAGGACCCCAGGGCCCCCCUGGACCUCAAGGACCAAGUGGUCUGUCCAUUCAAGGAAUGCCUGGAAUGCCAGGUGAAAAAGGAGAGAAAGGAGACACUGGCCUUCCUGGCCCACAGGGUAUCCCAGGAGGCAUAGGUUCACCUGGACGUGAUGGCUCACCAGGCCAGAGGGGCUUUCCUGGAAAGGAUGGUUCCUCUGGCCCUCCAGGACCACCAGGGCCAAUUGGCAUUCCUGGAGCUCCUGGAAUCCCGGGGAUCACUGGAAGCACAGGACCACAAGGCGCACUUGGGCCACCUGGUGUCCCUGGUCCAAAGGGAGAGCGAGGAGAGCGCGGUGACCUGCAGUCCCAAGCCAUGGUGAGAGCAGUGGCACGUCAAGUAUGUGAACAGCUCAUCCAGAGUCACAUGGCCAGAUACACAGCCAUCCUCAACCAGAUUCCCAGCCAUUCCUCAUCCAUCCGGACCAUCCAAGGCCCUCCUGGGGAGCCUGGGAGGCCAGGUUCACCUGGAACGCCUGGAGAACAAGGACCCCCAGGCUCACCAGGCUUCCCGGGAAGUGCAGGCGUGCCAGGGACCCCAGGAGAACGAGGACUAACUGGUAUCAAAGGGGAGAAAGGAAAUCCAGGCAUUGGAACGCAAGGACCAAGAGGCCCCCCAGGACCAGCAGGACCUUCAGGAGAAAGUCGGCCUGGCAGUCCUGGGCCCCCUGGCUCUCCUGGACCAAGGGGUCCACCUGGUCAUCUGGGGGUGCCUGGACCCCAAGGUCCUUCUGGCCAGCCUGGAUAUUGUGACCCCUCCUCAUGUUCUGCCUAUGGUGUGGGAGCUCCCCAUCCGGAUCAGCCAGAAUUCACCCCUGUCCAAGAUGAGGAUGAAGCCAUGGAACUGUGGGGCCCUGGGAUCUGACAGCCUCAGGAGAAAUUUGAAGACCAACAACAAAAACUCUCAAGAAACCUUUUUCAAGAAAGUGUUGUUAUUUGGUUUGUAUGCUAUUUUGGGAGGGCUCAUUUCAGCAGUGUUAAUAAUAUUAAAAUUAUCCAAAGAGGAGAUUAACAAAAAAGUAUAUCAAAAAAUCACCUUGAUCUAUGGCACCAUAGCAGUGAUUGCCUGUUGUGGUUUUAAUGACAUACCAGAUAAAAACUCCGUUCCAGAGAAGAGUGCUCAAAAAGGAAUUGGGUAAAAUAAAAUUGAACCUUGGAAUUUUCUCUCUCCAGUCCUGAAAUGAACAAGAUAGAGAAGGUUGUGUUUGAGGAAAAUGGGGUCCCUGUAGCGAUAGGAUUAACCGAGAGUCAAAGAUUGUACUGACUACCCUACCCACUAUGGGAAUGACCUGGACAAUAAUAAAAAAGGGAUAUUAUUGGAGAAACUACCUCUUGCUUAAUUGAUCUGUCCAAUUCUGAGAUUAUUUGGUAACUGGUUUCACGGGUAUCCAAAAAUGUGUCAGAAUAUAAUAUUUAUGAAUUUGGUGAUUUAAAAAGUAGACAUAGGUUUUCAGUGGGUUUUGUCUCAUGGAAAAAAAUGACUUCCACCAGCACUGAUGAAAAAGUACUCCAGUUGUAAUAAGUGACUUGUCCAGCAGUAAGUUCCAGGACUUGCCUCCCCUUGUCUACAGGGAUUAAUUUGUACAUGUAGAUAAUUUUUUGCAAACCAAUUUUUAUUCUCUUUUGUAAGCAAAUAAAAAUUUUAAACAAUGUA